UAAGAAGGUGGUACCUUCUCCCACAGAGCAGGAGCUUCAGGCUCAUUCACCAGAACACCCUGCAAAGGUGGAACUAUUUCCAGUCCCUCAAGGGACCCUCCUCACCUUCUACAGCCCCCUGAGAACAUGGAAUCUUCUCCAGUCCAACAGGCAUUCCCAGGCCUACCUCUGGAACCCCUUAAAGAGACAGAACCUUCUCCAGCUGAGCAGGAGGCCCCAUCUCAGCCUCCAGCACCACCUAAGGAGGUUGUAGCACAAACUCCAGUGCAUUAUGAGAUGACAAUUCCAACAGUAGGACAGGAUCAAGCUCAGCAUUUAAACUUGCCCAGAGUCACAGUUAAUCCUUUGGACCAGGGUCUUCCCACAGCUCCAGAACCUACAACGGAGGCUGAAUAUUCUGCAGCCCUGCAGCAGACUGCAUUUCCUCCAACAUAGCCCGAGGUGACAUUUCCAAAUGCAGAGCAAGUUCAGGCUCAGCAUCCAACCUUGACAGAGGUCACAAUUCAACCUUUGAACCUUGAACUGACCAUAAGGCCACAACCCACUAAGGAGGAUGAACCUUCUCCAACCAUGCAGGAUAACUUAACACAGCCUCCAGAACCACCUAAGGAGGUUUUUGUAGCUCAGCUUCCAGUAUAUCAGAACCCAAUAGUUCCAACACCAGAACAGGAUCACACUGAGCGUCCAGCAUCACCCAGUGUCACAGUUCAACCUUUAGACCAGGGGCUUACCACAACUCCAGAACCUACUAUGGAGGGUGAACAUUCCACACCCCUGCAGGAGACUAUAGAUCCUCCAACAUACCACGAGGUGACACUUCCAAAUCCAGAGCAAGUUCAGGCUCAGCAUCCAACCUUAACUGAGGUCACAGUUCAGCCUUUGGACCUGGAACUUAUGUUAACUCUGGAAUCCACUUUGGAGGUUGAUCCUUCUCCAACCAUGCAGCAGACCCAAGCUCAGCCUCCAGAGCUCAUUAAGGAAGUCGUAGCUCAGUCUCCAUUAUACUCCAAAGUGACAGUUCCAGCGCCAGAUCAGGAUCAUGCUGAGCAUCCAGUAUCACCCAGUAUCACAGUUAAACCUUUGGACCUGGAACUUACCACAACUCCAGAACCUACUACAGAGUCUGAACAUUCUGCAGCCUGGCAGCAGACUACAGCUCCCCCCUCCAAAACACCCUGAGAUGACACUUGCACAGCCAAACCUGACUCAACUCACAAUUCAACCUAUGGAUGUGGAAAUUACCAUUACUGCAGGAUGCAAUAUGGAGACUGUACCUUCUCCAAUCAUGCAGCACACCCCAACUCAGCCUCCAGCGGCACCUCAGUAUGUUGUACUUCAAUCUCCAUUCCAACAGGAGGUGACAGUUUCAAAUCCAAGUAAGGAUCAAGGUCAGCAUUCAACAUCAUCCAGCGUCAGAGUUCAUGAUGUGGACCUAGAGCAAACCACCACUCCAGAAUCCACUAUGGAGGCUGGACAUUGUACAUCCCUCCAGCAGACUACAGCUUCCCCUCCAAAACACCCUGAGGUGACACUUGCACAACCAAACCUGACUCAAGUCACAGUUCUACCUGUGGGCCUGGGAGUUAGCAUAUCUCAGCAACCAAUGCCAUCUGAGACAGUUCUUUUUCCUUCGACUCAGUAUUCAGUAUCCACAGGCCUUCCUGGUGUAAAAUAUACCCCAGAAAAGAAGCAGCCGGAACAGAAUGCCACCACGAACAUCAGCAUAUGUGAGCUGUGUACCUGCACAAAUGAGACGCUGUCGUGUGUUGGUCUCAGCCCAAAGCAGAAGCUCCACAGAGUGCCUGAGCCAGAGCCUGACGCCUACAACGGCACCUUCACCCUCAUAAAUCUUGGUUGCAGUUUACUCACAGAACUGAGCUUUGGAACGUUUCAGGCCUGGCAUGGAAUGAAGUUUUUACACAAGUAGUAAGUGAAAUAGAAGAUGAAUACAUGUAAGAAACUGUCUAUAAAAGCAUCAUGCAGUUAUUGGUUAGCUGGGUGUAAGCCCAGUAUGAAUUCUGGUAAGGAUGUCUUGAGAGCCAUUUAUUUUUUAUUUUUUUCAAAUGAGGAAACUUAGGUACAAAGAGGCCAAGAGACUUGUUUAACUCAUAUAUGAAACCCUCUGCUUUCCAUAGUACUGAACUUUGGCUCGGGCAAUAAAAGGCACCAAGCCGAAACACUCAAAUUAGCAUUGUCAUGGAAACCCACCGAUGCCUCUCCAAUAUGCGAAUGGCCCAUGAAGUUCCACUUUUGAAUUUAACUUUGAUUCCUGCUCAUGUGCAAAGUUCCUAACUGCUUAAAAUGUAUGCAACACAGAGCUGCAAAGAACUAAGUUUAGCACCGAAUUCGUCAGGGAGCAAAUGGUGUGGGUGCUUCCCCAACCAUUAUUAGCUCUUUUAAAUGGUAAAGCAGAAAGAAUUCCUGAACACCCACCACA